AUGGAUCUUCAAAACAUAGUUGAUAGUAGUGGAGACACUAACAAUAAUACUUCAGUUCAAAAUUCUACUAAAUCAUCUUACGAAGGAAAUUAUCAAGUUAAUAUAUCGUCAACUAACUUUGAACUUGAUACAAUAACAUCAACAUAUACAGGUCUUAUUCGUAUUUAUCGUUUAUUAUAUGUAGCCGAUCAUUGUUUAUCAUUACGAAAUGAAGCACUUUUAGCAAGCCUUAAAUAUAUUCAAGAAACACAUUUUAUUUCACUCUACAAACAAAUUGUUGAUGAGUUAAAAAAACAAAAUGUACCAUUAUCCAAUGAUUUUGAUCCAUCAUGGCUUGAAAAAACUCAACGUAAUUAUACACAUAAAUUAGAAAAACUUGAUAAUGAUUUAAGACAUUUUCGUACAAAUUCAAUAAAAGAUUCAAUACGCCGUGGUCAUGAUGAUCUUGGUGAUCAUUAUUUAGAUGCCGGCGAUUUUUUUAAUGCGGUACGUUGUUACGUACGGUCACGAGAUUAUUGCGUUACACCAAGACAUAUAAUAACAAUGUGUAUGAAUGUUAUAAAAGCAUCAUUCUACAUGCAGAAUUGGCCUAAUGUCUUAUCUUAUGUCACUAAAGCUGAACAAGCUGUUGAAAGUCUUGAAUCGACAACAAAAUCAACAACAACACCAGCAGCAACGACAUCAUCAACCAGGAAUCCAAUGGAUGUAGCAACAGUAAAUAGUUUGAUGGCAUCUGAUGCAAUCUUGAUUUCACGUUUAAAAGUUUAUGCUGGAAUUGCAGAAUUAGCAACAAAAAGAUAUAAAUUAGCUGCACGACAUUUUCUUGGUGUUACAUUUGAUCACUGUUCAAAUCAUUUUCAGGACCUAAUAUCACCUCAAACUCUCGUUCAAUAUAUUUGUCUAUGCAGUUUAGCAGCGUUUGAGCGACCAGAAUUACAUCGUUUAAUCAUAACGUCACCAAAUGUGAAGCAAUAUCUUGAAUUGGAACCUUCAAUUCGUGAUAUUCUUCAUAAAUUUUACGAAACAUCUUAUUCAUCAUGCCUUGCGUUAAUGUCCCAAUUGGAGCCAACAUUUGCAUUAGACCAAUAUUUAGCACCACAUGUAUGCACAUUAUAUUAUGAAAUACGUCAUCGAAUAAUAAUAACAUAUUUCUUACCAUAUAAAAAUGCAUGCAUGACAACAAUGGCCAAUCAAUUGAAUACAACAAUCGAUAUACUUGAAGAUGAACUCGUUCAUUUAAUUCGUUCAGGAAAAAUAAAAGCACGUAUUGAUUCAAAAAAUAAAAUUCUAUAUGUUGCUGAUACGGAUCAACGUUGGUAUGCGUAUCAACAUGCAUUAACAAUAACAAAGCAAUCCGAAAAAAUAACUCGUGCUCUUUUACUUCGUUCAGCUAUCAUAAAAACAAAUUUAUCCGUCAGAGAUGAUUCAAUACCGCCAUCGAAUCGUCCAUCAAACAAUAACAAUAAUAUGAAUAUUUCACGUCGACAAUUUUCUACAAAUAUGAUUGGAAAUAUGAUUGUGGAUGAAGGCGAUUUAUCUGAUGACGCAGCGAUGAAUUGA